CAGUUGGUGAAACAAGCAAGCAAGAGCAAGUGUACCUCAUCCACAACCUUAAGAGAGUUCUUAAGAGGACUUGGAAAGGAUAAAGCAGCCUACAUGUUGGAUGAUGAUUGAUGAUAUCAGUACUGCUGCAUUGUUCAACAGUUUCUUCCUUCUCUUCUUCUCAUCUCGUAGCAAUGAGUCGUCGUUUCAAAGAAGUUUCAACUUUGAAGGGCAAAGUAGAAUUCGUGGAUUAUGUUUCAAGUACGAUACGUUUGGAGACGACCGAGAUUGUGUGUUGGGCACUGUGCUAUGAAAACGAUGGAAUAUUCGUUCCGAAUGUUGGGGACGUUAUAACCAUUAUGAACCUUCAUUUGGAUACCCUUUCAUAUCCAAAAGAGUACUACAUACAUGCGGAAGGUGCGAUUCUGCUGAGUCCAACGGCAGUCCGUCAACGCGAUGGUGCACCUCCAUCACCUACCUACAUGCAAAGUGAGCUUUCCACAUUGGUGCACCGACACAAUCUCAAACUGGCACACCUGUGGAGCUAUCACAAGCUGUAUCCGAACAUCAAUUUAAAGGGAAUAUGUGUGGACAGAGUGGAUGCAAUCAAAUUGUGUCUGCUCAGUAAAUUGCUGGAGCAUUGCGGGACUUUCAAGAUCAUUAAAGUUGUGACAGUGCAGGACCUGCAGUAUGCGGCAAUGGAAGGGAGUAAUUACGAGUUUCAAAAUUACAUCAAUUCCUUUAGAUGCGGUGAGCUUAAUGAAUAUCUGAUAGGUCUUCUGAGGAUCAAUAAGAACGGUACCUAUGAGCUGACGGAUGGAGAUCGCGUCUUGCCGUGCUUAAUUGACUCGCCCGACGAUGAACCCAAGAAGAAGUUUGAUAAUGAAAUAGUCGUGAUGAUCAGGUAUUUUGUGCUGGGCGAGGUUUACGUUCAACCACCUGCCCGCGUAACGUACGAGUAUCUGCAUGCCGCCCAGAGUGAUAUCGUGCAGCUGAAGCUCACCUCCUCGAUGGAACCGAAUCUGUUUCAUUUUCUCUCGGCCACCGCACCGUCCAGAUUCACGGACAAGAUCACGUUCAAAUUGAGGAACGUCAGCUUGCCGAUGAGCGAUGAGGAUAAAUCGACCAAUUUCUGGAUGGAGAUUGAGAAGGAGAACGGUGACGGCCUCCGCUGCUUGCUGUGCUUCGGUUGGGAGUACUCGAUGACGUUGGCCUUGCUGCAGAUCGGCAGUAUUUACGAUUUGUAUUUGAAAGUGAAAUUAAAACCGUAUCACGAUGUCGAGUUAAAUCGUGUUUGCAAACAAAGUUUCAAGGUGUUCAGCUCUUCGGCGGUGUUCGUGAAGGUGCGAACCGACCGAAUCACGUAUCUGACCGUGGAGGAGGUUUGGCAGAGGUUAACCGAUCUGAAUUCGAACGGCGCUCAUCGCAACAGCAAAAUAUAUGUAAACUUUGAAGGAGUCAUCGAUUCGAAGCAUUUCAAUGGACGGCAAUCGUCCAGAACGUAUAGGAACAUCGAAGGGCCGGAUUUUGGAACACCCGGUGAUAUCAGCCAUUCGCUGAAAUUUGUAGUAGGCAAAGGAGGUGGUAGUUUCAUAUUGUAUUUAAACAAUUGGGAGCGCAAGCUGUACCAGCGCGGAUUGGUCGCGAGGAUGAGGGUGCGCGUGAGAUGUGCGGAAUUGACCAAUCGCUACUUGCGAAGCAAUGCAAUGACGAGUUUCUCGCUUCUCGGAUUGGUGGACGUGUCGGACGACAUUAAAACGGCCAACCUCAACGAAACGAAUCCGAGGAUAAUUUACGGAUCUCUCGCCAAUCUGGGUCUCCAAUGCAACGUCGUGAUGAGGACGCGAGUGAAGGUGUUGAAUACGCAAAGAUGCAUGAUCGAGGUCAAACCCGACGGUUCGUUCAACUUCAGCUUGAGUCUGUUCGUGCUGGGUCCGAGCGAGGCGCUACUGCGUUCCACCAGCAAGGACUUGCUCCGGAGGUUGCUGAAUUGCGGAAACAAUGACGAUGACGACAAUCUGAACGAAUGGAAUGAGAUGUUCGAGAGCUGCGGGCCGAUCACCUUGCCGGACUUCAGCAAGGAUAACUGCAGCAGCGGUGGCAACAUCUGCAACAUCGUAAGGAAGUCGUUGGUUUGGCGAUUGAAGAUGUUGAACUGGAUGGACGUGAUCUGUUCGUACGAAAUCAAGUCUACGAAUCUGCCCGUGUGGGAUUUGCUUCAGCUCGUUGAAUUUGAUUAGGCCCGAAGAACGUAUAUGCAACCCACUGCGCACGAUUUCUUCGUCUAUUGACGGAAACGAGCGAAAUGGAAGAAAGAAACCACGCCUCCGUUUCGCUUAUUAUUUUUUGUAUUUGUUUGUUUUUAUAAAGCAAAUUUAUUUAUUAAAA